AGGAGGAGAAAGAUCGCCUCCUUUUGUUCUCUUUAGGGUUCCUUCGUUUCAAACAGGGGGAAACCAGGGAGGAGAGCAGUCCGGAUUAAAAUUUGAGUGCGCUAGUGGCGGCUGCCUCUUGUGCUCCUCCGAUCGAGCUGGGGAUUUCCAAGCUGUAGGUAACAGUUAAAUCAUACCCGUUUGAAUUUGGGGUCGGUUCUGAGCUGUAAGGAGGUAAGGGGAGCUCCAGCAUCAACUGUAACAUGAGUACUAUCAGUGGCGCAAGGCGUGCCUCAGGAAGGCAAGGUAGGUCUGCUGAUAAGGUUGUUGUGAACUUGGACAUGAGCUCCCAAGAGCUGGGCAGCCGGCGUGGGGUAUCAACAUCGUCCACUGGUGCACGCACCUCACCCAUCGACGUGGAAGCUCUCGAUGAUGAAGUGCAGGCCAUAUUGCCUUCGCAAGUGCCUCCUCAGAGGAACGGGAGAAUAAGGAGGCAGCCUGUGACAGUAGUUGAUUUAGAGGUAGAUGCUAGCCAGGAAGGGAACAAACGUCGAAGAGUUGCACCUGUGAUAAACAUCUCUCCAGAAACAGGCGAAGGGUCCAGCUUGCAGUCAAAAAAUGCGGUGAAAACUACCAAAGAGCCUGCAAAGGUGGCUCCGAAGGAACCAAUAUUUACCUGUCCAGUGUGUUGGAACAAGUUGGAGGAGCCCUCCACAACAAUAUGUGGUCAUAUCUUCUGCACAAGUUGCAUCAAGCAAUCCAUCCAGGUCCAGAAGAAAUGCCCUACUUGCCGAAAGAGCUUGAGAAUGAACAAUUUCCACCGUAUUUACCUUCCAAACUCUGUUGCUUCCGGGUGAGAAGCUCUCUCAGGGUGUAUGACGAGAACAGUGUACAAUCACCUAGAUGUACCUAUGCAAAUGCAUCCUGAUGACAAGCGGAAUGGAUAGCCUUCUGCCUAAACGGAUAACAAAUUUGUCUAGUCUUCUAUUAUUGUUUGCAGCAACUUAAAAAUGCUCUUACACUCUGUUGUACACCCUCCGUCCCAUGACUCAAAUUUGACCAAAUAUGAAUGUAUCUAUGCCUUAAAAACGUUAAGAUACAUGUAACAGAAAGUCACUUAACAUGGGACGGAAAGAGCAUGUAUUAGGCUAUUAGCCGUGUAACCCCUUUCCAUGGCUGGUAGUUGAUGUAUCUAACGCUUGUUAAAUAUCUCUGAACUCACUUGUUCAGUGGUGUACGACUGUACGUUCUUCUUAAGUGCCUAACCUGGCAUUCUAUUGCGAUUUAAA